AUGACCGGGACAGCCCCGGCGGGGGCCCGCCCCCAGGGGGCGGCUGUUCCCCGCAGGGGCGCGGCGCCGCCGCCGGCAGCCAGGCGCCAGCAUCACGAGCACAAAGCGGAGCUGGAGGCGCUGCGGCCGAGGCUGGACGGGGAGCGGCUGCGCUCGCAGGAGAGCCGGCGCCGCUUCGCCGCCGAGGCCCGCGAGCUGCGGGAGGCGGCCGAGCGCGACCGCCAGCUGCUGGCCGACCAGCUCCGCUCCAAGUGGGAGCAGCAGCGGGCCCGGGAGCUGCACCAGCUGCGGGAGCUGAACCUGCGGGAGCGGGAGGCCGAGAUCCGCCAGCUCAUCCGCUGGAAGGACGCCGAGCUGCGCCAGGCCCAGGAGCUGCUCCAGCGGGAGCGGGACGCCGCCGUGCGGCAGGCCCGGGACCUGCAGCGGCAGCUGGCCGAGGAGCUGGUGAGCCGGGGCUACAGCAGCACCCGGGGCUGCCCCGCGGGGCUGAGCAGCGAGUGCCGCGGCAAGCUGCAGGAGGUGCUGGGCAAGCUGCGCUGGGAGACCGAUGGCGACCAGGCCGCCCGCAUCCGCCACCUCAGGGCCGAGCUGGAGUUGGAGCGGAGCCUCUUCCUCAAGUACAUCCUGGAGCGGUUCGAGGGCGAGCAGCAGCCCGCCGGCUCCCCGCAUAGGGCCCGGCACGGCCCGCAGCCCCGCCUCAGCAGGAGCCUCCUGGAAGGGCCGAGACCCCGCUCCUUGGAAAGCCUCAUCGCCGCCGCCUCCCCGGAUGGGGGAGCCGCCAGGUCUCGCUCGCUGGACAGCAGCCUAGCCAAGCCCGAGUCUUCGCAGGCGGGGCACCAGGCCCCGCUGGAGGGGAGCCCCCCGCAGAGCCUCUGCCCCGGGCAGCAGCCGGCCCAAAAGGCCUUGGAAGAAGAUGCCCACCCGCCGGAAGGAGCUGCCAAGGAGCUCCCUCUGAAGCCCACCAGUAAGGAGUGGCCCCUGGAGUGCUUGGACUCGCCUCCUGAAGGGAAGAUGGGCAGCUGGGGGUCUGCAGGAGAGGGUGGCACCCAGGCAGUGGGGCAGCAGCAGGAGUGGCUCUCUGGCAGCAGUUACAGCCAACUGGUGAAGCAGAACACCGACCUGCUAAGUGCCCUGGAGGAUCUAGAGCGGCGAUGCACAGCCCUUAAGGAAGAGAAUGGCCUUCUGAGGAGAAACAGCUUUCCUGAGAUGCAGGAGAAGGUGAAGCGGCUCAAGAGGAAAAAUGCAGAUCUGGCUAUCAUUGCCAAGCGAUUGGAAGAGAGAGCCAGGAAACUUCAGGAGUCCAACUUCAAGGUGGUCAAUGCCCCAAUGCCAGUAUCCCUCAAAGGCUCCAACAUGGAACUGUGCAAGAAAGCAUUUGCCCGGCAGCGGGCUAAAGACCUGAGUGAACAAGCUAGCAUCCUUCUUGCCAAAGAUAAACAGAUAGAAGCCUUGCAGAGAGAGUGUAGGGAGCUGCAGGCCAAACUGGCCACAGGCAAGGAGGGCUCAUGCUGGCUCAAUUUAAGUGACUUUGAUCGUUUGUUGCGGGAGUCUCAGAAAGAAGUGUUACGAUUACAGAGACAGAUCACACUGAAGAACCUGAAAGAGUCUCUACAGUCCUCCAAAAUGGGUCCAGACAGUUCUUCUGCAGCUGCUACCAUGUGCCUAAUACAGGAAACACUUGCACCAAACAUUGAUGCAAGCUUAGAUGGUUCAUCUUUGCCAAAACAGACAUCACCAGGAUCAAUCACUUUGGCAAAGGAUAUUAAGCCAGUAGUACUACCUUUGGGAAAUGUGUCUGAGGAACAUGAAAACAUCCCUUUAAAAACAGACCCAGACAGCAAAAAUCAAAUACAGCAUUUGGAAGUAAAGCUUAGUAAGAAAUUUAAGCAGUGUGAAAACCUUGAACAAGAAAUGGAGAAAAAGCAGAAAAAAUGUGAAGAGUUGGAAAUGCAGCUUCAGGAAUUGCUGGCUGAAAGUGCCAGAAUGGCUGAGGAAAACGCUCAACUCAGUGGGAAAACUAAAUGGACAGAAAAGGUUGAAUCUGAAAAUGCUGCCCUGAAGGUGAAAUUAAUGGGAGUGACAGAGGAGUGGAAUUCUGCUGUCCAGUUGACCAAAGGACUUCAAACCAAGGUGGAGGAUUUAGAGCAUGUACUGAAAGACAUGAAAGAAAGGGCAGAGAGAAGGCAACAGUUGGAGGUUGACCAUGAGGAAACACUGUUAGCACUGCAGAAUAAAGAAGAGGAGGUCAAAUAUUUGCAGCAGGCCCAGGUAGAAGCAAAAAGGGAACAUGAAGAGGUAGUACAGCUAUUAGAAGCCCAGGUGAGAGAACUGGAGAAUCAGUAUCACAGUCAAACUGAACAUUUUAAUCUUCUGUCUCAGGAACUGGAACAAUUACAAAUAAAAAAUUCUGACCUUGUGUCUUCGGACUUGCCACACGCUACAUGCUGUUCCUCAGAAGAUUGCCAUGCUCUUCAGUGUGGUAAGACUAUUAAUGAUGUAGACUUUGUAUCCACUCCUGCUGCUUUUAAGAAGCAAAGCAAGAAACCGGAGUUCCAGUCAAACUCCUCAAAAUCAGAAUCCACACAGUACAGUCCUAAGUCCUGCCCCACUCCAGAGGGGGAUAGUGCAAGUGAGAUGGAUGAAUUGGAGACAGACAAAUUUUCCCUAAUCUUGGAGCCUGAGAGACAAGGUCCUGCAAAACUUCAAGUGUUUUUAGCUCGAUACAGCUAUGAUCCUUUUGAUGGUCCUAAUAAGAACCCUGAGGCAGAACUUCCACUGACAGCAGGAGAAUACAUUUAUAUCUAUGGAGAGAUGGAUGAGGAUGGCUUCUUUGAAGGAGAGCUGAUGGAUGGCAGAAGAGGGCUGGUUCCCUCUAAUUUGAUAGAAGAAGUUUCAGAUGAUGACCUCCUGACCUUUGUGCCUCCAAAGACAAGUGACCUCUCCCAUACUUCAGAUCAUGAAAUGAGUUUCCUCAGCAGAAGUGCUAGUAGUGGAGAAAAGAGUGAUUGCCAUGAUGAAGAAAUCAGAGUCAAUCUAUUGCCUAACAGAUUAGAAGGAGACAUGGAAAUGCCUGAUCAUACAGCGGUGCCUUAUCCCAGAAAUUUGACUCUAAUCAAAUUGUUUGCAAGAAGUGUUGUUAUAGGCUGGGAGUCACCACUCAUGCCAGCUGGCUGGGGAGAUGUGCAGAGCUAUAACAUAUAUGUUGAUACAGAACUUUGCCAAAAUGUGAGGUCUGGUUGUCAGACUCAAGCAGCAAUUGAGAAUCUCAAUUUAAAGAUUAAGGCAUAUCGGAUCUCGGUACAAAGUGUGACAGAGAAAGGAAACUCAGAUAAGAUGCAAUGUACCUUCCUUGUAGGGCAAGGUUUCCAUUUAGCACCAGCACUGCUGAAACUUAGGAGCAUCACUGCCACUUCAGCAGAGGUCACCUGGUUACCAAGCAGUAGCAACUACACUCAUGUAGUGUACCUUAAUGAGAAGGAGUGUGAUGUGACAAAGGCAGGGAUCUACUGGUACACUUUCCAUAACUUGCAGCCCAACACUCAGUACAAUGCAAAAGUGGAAACACAGCCUCAGAAGAUGGUAUGGGAUUUGCCUCAAGAGAAAUGGGAGCAGAAAUCAGCAAUGAUUAAGUUCAUUACUCCAUCAGCGGGACCACCUGAUGCUCCACUUGAUGUCCAAGUACAGCCUGAUCCCUCAGCAGGCAUUCUAGUUAUCAGCUGGCUACCAGUGACAAUUGAUGCAGCAGGAUCAUCCAAUGGGGUACGAGUUACUGGUUAUGCUGUGUAUGUCAAUGGACAAAGAGUAACAGAAGUUAUAUCUCCAACAGCUGGGAGUACCAUAGUAGAACUGUCCCAGUUAGAGAUGCUACAAGGGUCUCAGAAGGUUUCUGUGAGAACUGUUUCCCCCAGUGGAGAGUCAGUUGAUUCUGUGCCAGCUCUGAUUCCCUCAGCCAUGUUGAAUGUUCCCAGUUGUUGUUCAUCAUCAAAGUCUAUGUCUACCAGCCUGACCUCUGAAUUACCCUAUGGGGAAUUCAUAGACUCCCAGCAUGUGAAAAUCCCUUUGAUGCAUUGCACAUCUUCACCCUCUUCAGAGAUGUUCAUGGCCAGUCAGGAUAACAAAUUCACCAUUCACUUCACCUCCAACUGUGGAGACUCAGUAGCUUCUCUGCCAGCAAGCAUCCCCCCACACCAGUUGUUCUCCUCUCAGAGUUCUUCCUUGACACAUGAGCUUGCAAUGUGCGACAUUGGUGAUAAAGAUGAUAAAUGUUUAAAGUCUUAUCAGCAGACAGCAGUCAGUGUGCAACCUUCAGGCCUUGUCUUUCCAACUAGAUGGAGUGAAGAAUCAGUCAAUUCCAGGAUGUCAGCAUUAAAAGAACUUGCUGAAGACAGUCAGAGAAAGAGGAUAAAAAAGCACUUUGUUACUAAAAAAGCUGUACUUGAAAAUCAAACGGACACUAGCAACAUGAAAAUGUCUGUGAUCACCCACUCUGUGCACUCUGACGACAAGUCUGUGAAAGAUUCAACCACUCAAGAUAUUGAGGGAUAUGAUGAGAGCUGCUUGAAUUCUGGGCCUCAGCUGUGUUCUAGUCAGCUUGAAUUGGAGGACAGUUACAGAGAUAUAGGUAUACCUAAUAUCUGUGUUCAGAAAGUCCCAAAUAUUUCCACUGAGAAGAAACAGACGAAAGAAUUAUCCAAAGAAGUUCCCAGCCUAGGGAUGUCUAGAGGUGAAAUACAGGAAGACCAAACAUCAAGAAUAGGACACUGGCAAUUGAAUCCUGUUGGUGACCACAGCCACAGUUCUGACCUUUCAGAUAUUUUGGAAGAGGAAGAAGAGGACCUGGAUUUAGACAUGCAGGAAGAGAAUAGAAUAAAGGUGGUUGGUAACAAUUCCAGGCUACCGGAGCUUCCAGAGUUUUCCAUGCAGUGGGCUCAAAACAGAAAAAUGAGCAAGACUUUAAGAAUAGGCCAAGCAGGGACAUCUUUAUUUUCCAAAGCAGGCCCUCUGAGACACUUCUUCUCAGAGGAAAUCGUUAAUGAUGAUGCAGUAAGGAUAUUUGUGGCCCUUUUUGACUACGAUCCAAUAUCUAUGUCACCUAAUCUUGAUGCAGCUGAAGAGGAGCUCCCAUUUAAAAAGGGGCAGAUUCUAAAGGUGAUUGGUGAUAAAGAUGUGGACGGCUUUUACAGAGGUGAAUGUGCAGGAAGGGUAGGGUAUAUUCCCUAUAAUAUGGUGUCUGAAGUGCAGGUGGAGAGUAGUGAAAUGAAACAGCACCUGUUAAAACAAGGUUCCAUUACUGAUGAAAAAUCUGCGAUCAACUUAGUGGAGGUGGAUACAAAGAAUAACAAUAAGUCUCACCUGGAACAUAGCUGGCAGGAUAGCAAGACUAAACAGCUUACUUCUAAGACAAUGGUGGCUGUCUUUGACUACAACCCAAGGGAGAACUCAUUACAUGUAGAUGUGGAAAGUGAGCUGACAUUUAAUGCUGGAGACAUCAUCACAGUAUUUGGGUCUGUGGAUGAUGAUGGAUUCUACUAUGGGGAGUUAAAUGGACAGAGGGGCCUUAUCCCAUCUGACUUUGUAAAAGCUAUCUCUCAGGAUGAAGAGUAAAAGAGGAUUCGUUUAAAAGACACCUCUGCAGAGAGUUAUAGAGGAAGGAAAAGAAUCUGAUAUAUCAAUUUAAAAACACAAAAUGUAGAUGAAAAAUUUAAUCUUUAGCGAGGUCUAGCAUUAAAAACUAUCCAUGAAAAUGCCUCCUACAAAAUGUAUAUUUUUAAGAAUUGAACAACUAGACAAUUCAUAUGUACUUGAAUCUCUGCUCAUAUGAGAAUAAUAAUAUGAACUAUUUGCAGAAGGCUCCAAAUAGAUUUUUAGUUGUAAAACAAACAGGAUAACUUUAAAUUUGUUACUAAGACCUGUAAGAAAGUUAGAAGUGAAUUUUAAAUAUUUUCCUGUAUCGAUUAUGAAAAGAGUGCUUUGCAGAGAUAAAAGUGAAUUUCACAUACAG